AUGUCGAAUAACGAGAAUGAUGAUGACGAUGAUGAUUUAGCAGCUGAUCCUGAAAAAGUACAAUGCCGUCGUAAUCGUCGUACAUCUAUUCAAUUUAUAGACAAAAAUGUUAUUCGACGACGUUCAUCUGGUAACGAAAAACAAGUACAACAACCACAACGUUUAUUAUCAAUCAAUUCAACUUCUGAUAAAGAAUCUAUUGAUUUAGAUCAUUUACAACAAUAUACAACUGCAAGUGAUAGUGAUAGUGAUGCUGAUGAUGAAUGUGGCGUUAAUAUACGUGAAUUGCAACAUAAAAAUCGAUCAGGUUUUACAGAUUUUGCUGUUAGACGUAUAAAACAUGCGCAAUAUGGUCGACGAGAAAUUGAAAUUGCUGAACAAGAAAUGCCAGGUCUUAUGGCAUUACGUCGUCGAGCUGAAGGUGAUAAACCAUUACAAGGUGCAAAAAUUGUCGGUUGUACACAUAUAAUAGCUCAGACAGCUGUUUUAAUUGAAACAUUAAUACGAUUGGGAGCUCAAGUACGAUGGUGUGCUUGUAAUAUAUUUUCCACUCAAAAUGAAGUAGCUGCUGCACUUGCGGAAGAAUCCAUUCCAAUAUUUGCAUGGAAAGGUGAAAAUGAUGAUGAUUUUUGGUGGUGUAUUAAAAAAGCAAUUGGUUCUGAUCAAGGUUGGCAACCAAAUAUGAUAUUAGAUGAUGGAGGAGAUUUAACACAUUAUUUUCAUAAACAUUAUUCAACAUUAUUUUCAACAAUUAAAGGUAUUGUUGAAGAAUCUGUUACGGGUGUACAUCGUUUAUAUCAAAUGUGUCGUACACAAACAUUAACUGUACCAGCUAUGAAUAUAAAUGAUAGUGUUACAAAAACAAAAUUUGAUAAUUUAUAUUUAUGUCGAGAAUCAAUUGUAGAUGGAAUAAAACGAUGUACGGAUAUUUUAUUUGGAGGAAAACAAGUUGUUGUUUGUGGAUAUGGUGAAAUCGGUAAAGGAUGUUGUUCAGCAUUACGUGGUAUGGGUUGUUUUGUUUUUGUAACAGAAAUCGAUCCAAUAUGUGCAUUACAAGCAUGUAUGGAAGGAUAUAAAGUUGUUCGCCUUGAAGAAGUUAUUAAACAAGCUGAUAUUAUUGUUACAGCAUCUGGAAGUAAAUAUACUAUAACAAGAGAUUCAUUAGAUAAAAUGAAAAAUGGAGCCAUCGUCUGUAAUAUGGGACAUUCAAAUACAGAAAUUGAUGUUAGCUUUUUACGCUUUCCAUCAUUAAGUGAUUUACAAGUUGAACAUGUUCGAUCAAAUGUUGAUCAUGUUAUAUGGCCAAAUGGUAAACGUAUUGUAUUGAUUGCUGAGGGUCGUAUUAUGAAUUUAUGUUGUUCAAGUGUUCCAUCAUUUGUUGUUUCAAUAACAGCAGCAACACAAGCUUUAGCAUUAAUUGAACUUUAUAAUGCACCAACAAAUCGAUAUAAAUGUGAUGUUUAUUUAUUACCGAAAAAAAUGGAUGAAUAUGUAGCAAGUCUACAUUUACCUGUAUUCGAUGCUCAUCUAACGGAAUUAACCGAUGAUCAAUGCAAAUAUUUGGGUAUUAAUAAAGCUGGACCGUUUAAACCAAAUUAUUAUAGAUACUAA